AUGGAUCCUAAUCAUUUUCAUUAUCAACAAGUUAUGUUCAAUUACAUGCAAAAUUAUCAAAAUCCUAAUCCUCAAAAUUCUCAAAUUCCAUCGGUACCAACAAACUCCGCCAUAUUUUUUCCGUCACCAAACAAUCCAAAUAUGUAUCUUAGACCUGGAAUGAAUUCUAAUAGUAUGAAAUUUUCUACUCAAGUUCCACCAUUUUCUACUCAAGUUGGUACUGAAAAAGAAGAGAGGUUUGUCGUUAAAAAAAAUCUCGAGAGCAAUUUACAAGGGAUGAGGAUAUACAACUUAUCCAAUCAUGGCUCAAUGUUUCAAAGGAUCCAAUUGUGGGAGUUGAUCAAAAGACUGAGAGUUUUUUUAUUAAGAAUCGCUACCAAUUAUAACCAGUAUCGUGGGCAAGAGCGGGAAUAG